CGGCAGCAUGGCCACCCCGGGCCCGGCCCCGGCCCCGGCCCCCAGCUCAGGCCCCGCCGCCGCCCUCUCCUCCACCCCGGGCCCGGCCCCCAGCUCAGGCCCCGGCGCCCUCUCCUCCACCCCGGGCCCCGCUCAUUCCUCCACCCCGGCCCCCGCCCCCAGCUCAGGCCCCGCCGCCGCCGCCCUCUCCUCCACCCAGGCCCCGGCCCCCAGCUCAGGCCCCGCCGCCGCCCUCUCCUCCACCCCGGGCCCCGCUCAUUCCUCCACCCCGGGCCCCGCUCAUUCCUCCACCCCGGGCCCCGCCCUCUCCUCCACCCCGGGCCCCGCUCAUUCCUCCACCCAGGCUCCUCUCUCCUUCACCCAGGCCCGCGCCCUGAUCCAGAGCCCGUUCUCCUGCCUGGUGCUCGACACCUGCCGGCGCCACCUCGCCCUCUGCCCGCUCUACCUGAACCGCAAGAGGAGCGGCAUCGAGAGGCAGCUCAAGACCGAGCUGCUUCGCUUCUCGGAGACAUCCCAUCAGUGCUGUUCCUUUGUCCCAGAAGAUGUGUUUGACGGCCCAGCCAAAACUGGUGAAACGUCUGUUGGUCUGCAGGGUGUCCCAGUUGCAUAUGACAAGGUCAGGUUAAUUGGAGAAUUAGGUGACAUCUAUGAUGACCAAGGAUAUAUACACCUCAACAUUGAAGCUGACUUUGUCAUCUUCAGGCCCAAAAUUGGACAGAAGCUACUGGGCACUGUGAAUAAAGUUGCUCCAAGUCAUCUUGGUUGCCUCGUACAUGGGUGUUUUAAUGCUUCAAUUCCCAAGCCACAUCAUGCAAAUGGAAUCUGGCCAGACUUUGCGGUGAAAGUAGGAGACAGCCUGGAGUUUGAAGUUCAACAGCUGGAUGCUGAUGCUGCCGGUGUCCUGUGCAUUCGAGGGCGUUUGGAUAAAAGUGUACAGGGACCAUAUGGUGCAGAUUUUGAAGAAUUGUUGGAAAAGGACAGCAUUGAACAAGAUGGUGAUGCUGCUGGAAAAAAGAAGAGGAAAAAGAAAAAACAAAAAGAUGAAAAAUGUAAAGAGGUAGAGGCUGUGAGCUGCACGAGUUCAGAUAAGAGUUUUUCCAAACAUGAAAUGGGAGACCUUGAAAAGAAUUUAGAACGUAAAUCCAAAAAGAGAAAGCAAAGGACUGAGGAACCAAACACAGACAAUGAAUUUCAUGAAAGUAACACUGCUGAUUAUCCUAAUAACAGUAAACCAAGUAAAAGGAAGAAAAAAAUGAUUCGGGAUGAAUCAGGGACCACUGAUUGUGCACAAGAACCAAAACACAAAAGGAGAAAAAAAGAUUAAUGAAACAAAUAUCUAUAAACUGAAUGAAUGGACUGCUGCAGAAAUACCCGAAUGCCUCCAUGAAAGCGUGGGGUGGAAGGCUACUAUUUAUGUUGUGAAGAACAGGGAGUUUUGAUGAAUGCUGUUUGUCAUGUAGCCACAUAAUAUAAUUUGCAAUCUUCUGUUUGAUUUGCAGUUGCAGGAUUGUCCUGCCUGCCUGUUUGUCAACACUUGUGUGGGCCUCAUUUAUACAUUGCAACUUGCUCCUACAAAAAGCUAAAUGCUGGAAAUGUCAUUUCUACAACAGUGUUAUUUCAGAUUCCCAGCAGUUUUUUGCUUUGAUCUUUCAUGUACCAUUAUUGUAUCAUGCACUUGUACGAGGUGAAAAUGCUCUGCUAAAACUGAUUAUCCUGCCAAAUAUUUUUUAACUGCUGUGUUUUUUCUUUGUUACAAAAAAGGAAUGCUUAGUUUGGACUCCCAAUUUUAAAGUUAAAAAUUUGAUAUUUUGUUGUAAUUGCAAUAAAAUUCUUAAAACAACUAUCCUCGUUUUACUUCCACAUUGUAGUCUUGGAACAACUUGUAUAUUUUAAAAGUAUCUAAAUACAAUUAUAAAUUUUAUGAUCUGUGUAAGAACAGGUAAUUUAUUGCUACCUGUUUAAAGUUGUCAUGAGAUGCUUUUGUUGGUUGGCAAAUUAUCCAGUGGUGUGCAUUGUUGCAGAUAGUAUUUAAUUAAUAAUUAUCCUGUUUUAUUCCUAUAUCCAAAAAUUAAAUAGGAAGAGAUUUUUUAACAUUGGAACAGAGCAUUCCAUUUGAAUUGAAUUGAAUACGUUAUUGUCACAUGUGACAAGUCACAGUGAAAUUCUUUGCUUGCAUACCAUGCCACGGUAUUCAAAUAGUCACCCAUAAAGGGCGCUUACAAAGUUACAAAUCCCCCGCCGCGCCAGUUCCUCCUUUGGAAUUUGUUAUUUUAUAAUCAACAAAGCAAUCUUCAUUGCACCUCAGAAGAUAUUGUCUGAUGGGAACGACUUUUAUGUGAGAAUUUCUUGUUAUUUUUAGAGUGCUUUUAACUGCUGGUUGAGAUUAUGCAUCGUUAUUUCCACUAUACAUAUGCUCUUUCAUGUUCAGUGAAAUCAAUGAGUUAUGUACUUUAUGAUCUUCACAUUCAUUGUUGAUUACAUCCACAUGUACUGUAUUUUAUGUCAAAAAUGAAACCAAGAAUUUGCAGCAUU